UUUUUUAACCCCCAAAAUUAUUUGAACCAAACAAAAACCCUAAUAAUUUCCUGCUACUUCUUUCUCUCUCCUCUUUUUUCUGCAAAAUUUAAAUCACUCUUGUCAAUUUGUUUUCUCGUCUCUUUCAACUGUAUUGGUGUUUCUGAGUGUCGAAUCCAAUGAUUGGUACAAAGCGUCGAAACGUUUCAUUGAGCUCCAAUGCUGAUGAAAAUCCUUUUCAAAGUAAAAAGGCCAUAGCAUCACCUUCAUCUGGAGUGGAAACAGCUGCAACACCACCAUUGGAUCGGCGUAAGGUUGCUCGACAACAUGUGAGGGCUUUAAAUACUGAAUUUGCAAGUUGGGUGCAAUCUCAGUUGCGGGAUCACCCAGAUGAACUUUGGGAAGAUGGCGUCAGGGACUACCUAACUCAGGGUUCGGACAUACUGGAGAAAUUUGCUGACGUUGUUAACUGGCUAAAAUCAAAUACUGGUAGUGAAGGUAGUAGGGUGCCGCCUAUAAUGGGAACCCACAGCAAUGAGAAGAAAAAUACACCACAUGCAAACAACAAGGAACUAAAUUCUGGCCCAGGGUCAUUUAAGUUAGGUAUGUCUAGUGCCAAUGCGGGCCUCAUAUCUUCGUCAAACUCUGGAGCUUCCAGCACCCAAGCCUCAGUUCUUAACACAGCUUCAAGUUCAUCCCCUUCAUGGAAUUUCGGAUUGUCUGCCAGUUCUCAAGCUCUUUCGCAAAGUGUGAGUACUGCUCCUACAACUUCAUGGAGCUCUGGAGUAUCCACUGAUAACAAAUCCGUAUCACCAGUAAAAAUUGUUAGCUUUUCUACUUCGCCUAAUUUUGGUGUAACAUCAAACAAUCAUGCACCCUCAUCGACGACUACCACAAGCUUUAUGGGUUCCACAAGUUCUGGAAUAUUCUCCAACAGUCAAACACCACCGUUUGGUGCUUGGAAUGCUGGAACCUCCUCCAACAGUCAAACAUCUUUCUUUGGUAAUCUGAAACCGGCAGCUUCAAAUGACACUGCUAAGGAGGAUGCUAAUGAAGAUAAUGAACCUGAGCAGCCUAGCAGCCCAUCUGUGAAAAAGGCUGAAGAGAAGGGUAUUACUGUGGUGCAUGAAACCAAAUGCAAACUAUAUGUAAAGUCAACUGAUCCAGCUGAUAAAGAGCCAUGGAAGGAUAAAGGUACUGGCCAGCUCUCCAUCAAAAGUGUGGAGGGUGCUAGCAAGGGUACCAAGGAAUCCAAGCCAAUAAUUCUUGUUCGUAAUGAUGUCGGAAGAAUUAUGCUUAAUGCUUCAAUAUACCCAGGCAUAAAGACAAGUAUGCAGAAAAAUGCCAUUGUGACCAUAUUCCAUACUUCGGAGGAUAGUGAAGGGGAAAGUAAAGUAACCCCCCGGACCUUUCUAAUAAGAGUAAAGAACGAAGUGGAACGAAAUAAGCUGGCAGACACUAUACGUGAACAUGCACCAGCUGCUUGAGAGCUAGAUAAACUAUUUGUUUAUGAUUGUAGUUCAUAGUUCUUCGUGGGUGUUCUGGCUGUACUUAAUGUCAGGCAGCAGUUGUUAUUUGUUUUCUGCUGCAAUUUUGAGAAGGCGAGCUUGCAGGAAAACAAGUACAGACGAACCCUUUUGUGCCAGAAUUUGUUUUACAAUAUCCUCCAAUGCUUUCAGGAGAUGUUGAUACACAGGAGCAGGGAGGGCAUGUAUCAUAAACAAUAGUGAGAAGGUUAGAAAAAUUUUCCUCUGCCCUUGUCAUUAAAUGGUAUGUAUCAUGAUAUUAGUUUGUCAGAUUUCUUUUAUAGGCUACAAAUCUGUAACUCAAAGGCAAUGUUCAACUCUUACGCAAAGUAAUCGAAAUGGUUUUCCAUAAUUGUUGUUGUUGUUUUUUUUUUUUUUUUUUUUUUUUUUAAUUUUUUUUUAAUGCCAUGUAUAUUAUUGAUACUACUAUUAUUCAGUCAAUUGUCACUGGUCCUCAGAAUGGCUGCUUAAUGCUAAUAUAUAUACGAGUACUCCCUUUGUCCCGAAGUUACAGAUCCAUUCUGCUGACUUCCUUGUAUGUUCCAUCCCUUCGUCCCGAAGUAGUUUUCACUUAAGUGGUGUGGCAUGCUAAGAUAAGAUGAGUAACACGUCUAAUCAUAUCAUAUACGGAGUACAAGUUUUUGCACCUUUGUUGCCCUUGUAACUCCUCAAAUUUGGCUGUCUUCAAUUAGAAAGCUAAUAGUGUAAGCA